AUGGGAGAUUUCAAUCAGAACAUCGAUGUCUCCGAGAUCUACGAGCCACCGAAGGAGCUUAGUGCGAAUGCUCAUGUGAAGUCUAUGGCUGAGUACGAGGCAAUGUACAAGGCAAGUAUCGAAGAUCCAGAGAGCUUCUGGGGUGAAAUGGCCAAAGAGUUCUACUGGCAGACACCUUUCGAGAAGGUGGGUCCAGAGUUCAACUUUGAUCGGACUAAGGGUCCAGUGUCUGUGAAAUGGUUCUUGGGAGGCAAGACCAACCUCUCAUACAACUGCCUGGACAGAAUCAUUCAACAAGGACAUGGAUCACGGGUUGCAAUCUACCAUGAGUGCAAUGAUGUUGAAGAUCAACAUGCCUCGUUCACAUAUGACGACUUGCUGAAGAAGGUUUGCCGAUUAGCCAAUGCUUUGAAAGCGGAGGGGGUGAAGAAGGGCGAUCGAGUCUCCAUUUAUUUGCCAAUGGUUGUAGAGCUGCCUGCGGCAAUGUUGGCUUGUGCUCGAAUCGGUGCUGUGCACUCUGUGGUCUUUGGUGGCUUUUCCUCCGAGAGUUUGGCCGGACGCAUUUUGGAUGCUCAGAGCAGCAUGGUCAUUACAGCCGAUGGCGUGAUGCGUGGAGCAAAGCCGGUGCAACUCAAGGCAAUCACAGACAAGGCUUGUGAAAUUACGCAGAAGGAUGGCUUUCAGGUCCGCCGAGUCAUAUGCGUAGGCCGCCUCAAGGGCACUUCGUUUGAGCCGCAGACCAAAUAUGAUUGGGUAGAAGGCAGAGAUGUUUGGUACAAAGAGUUGGUUCAGAGCCAGUCAGAAACCUGCGACUGUGAGUGGAUGGACAGUGAGGAUCCUCUAUUCAUGCUGUACACCUCAGGGAGCACUGGCAAGCCCAAAGGCGUUUUGCACACGACCGGUGGCUACAUGCUGGGAUCCUUUGCCACAACGAAGUAUACUUUUGAUUACCACCCGGAGGACGUCUACUUUUGUACAGCGGACUGUGGGUGGAUCACAGGACAUUCAUAUGUCACGUAUGGCCCAAUGCUCAAUGCAGCGACGCAGGUGCUUUUUGAAGGAGUUCCCACUUUCCCGGAGGUGGAUCGCUUUUGGAAAGUCUGCGAGAAGUACAAGGUGAGUAUUUUCUACACUGCUCCAACAGCGAUUCGAUCCCUGAUGAAGUCCGGAGAUCAGCCGGUGACUCGCAACGACUUGUCGAGCCUCAGGCUCUUGGGCACAGUGGGCGAGCCCAUCAAUCCUGAGGCUUGGAGGUGGUACCAUCGAGUGGUAGGUGGCAGCCGCUGUGCCAUUGCUGACACCUAUUGGCAGACUGAGACGGGUAGCCACCUCAUCACACCUUUGGUGGGUGCCAUGACAUGCAAGCCAGGUUCGGCAAGUUUGCCCUUUUUUGGAGUGGAAACGGCCAUUUUGGAUGAGAACGGGAAGGAGUUGUCGGGCGAGUGCAGUGGCCGCCUGGUGCUGAAGCGGCCGGUUCCGAGUAUGAUGCGUACAGUUCAUGGUGAUCAUCAGCGCUUUGAGGAGACGUAUUUCUCACAGUUCAACGGCUAUUACUUCACUGGCGAUGGUUGCAAGCGUGACAAGGACGGCUUCUAUUGGUUGACCGGGCGGAUGGACGAUGUCAUCAACGUCUCCGGGCAUCGGAUCGGCACUGCAGAGGUGGAAUCUGCUUUGGUGGCACAUGCCAAGGUGGCUGAAGCGGCCGUGGUGGGCUUUCCGCAUGAAGUGAAAGGUGAAGGCAUUUGGUGUUGUGUCACACUGAACGAGGGCGAAGCCUACGACGAUAGCCUCAAGGCAGAGCUGAAGAAACAGGUCCGGGAAGUCAUCGGUGCCUUCGCCGCCCCGGACGAGAUCCACUGGGCACCGGGCUUGCCAAAGACCCGCAGCGGGAAAAUCAUGCGCCGGGUCCUCCGGAAGUUGGCCUUGCCCGACUACGACACCCAGGAUUUGGGUGAUACUUCCACCUUGGCGGACCCAGCAGUGGUCGAUGUCUUGACAGAAACGGCUCAGAGGUAUGAGUCGGAGAAAGUCCAAAGUGAGGUUGAGAUAGCAGACGUCAAAGACAUGCUCAAUGCCAAGAGGACGGAGGAGGAGCGUGAGACGCGGCGCCGUGACCGGCUUGAGAGUGAGCUCAUUGAGCGCGGAGACCCAGCGGAGAUCAAGCAACAGGAGGAGGUGAAGGCCGCGACCGAGAUGCAGUGGGAAGCCCCAGAGGUGAGGCGAGGUGCGCGAAUGCUGAACCAGGCCAACUGGCAGCGACAGAUUGGCGAUUUGAAGCGUCAGAAGCAGGAAGGCAGUGACGCGAAGAAAAGACUGUUGGAGGAGAACAAAGACCUUGACAAGGAGUUGAAAGAGAAGCAUGAGGAGAUCCGCACCUGCACGGCCGAGCGAGACAAGACGAAGAAAGCCUUGGAUGUGUUAAAGCGUCGAAAGGCUUUGGAUGACGAAGCAAGACACGAAAUGAACCUCGCCAAGGCCGUGCUCAAGACUGAAACGGAGAACUUGAUUCGUGAGAUCGACAUGCUCAAGAAGCAAGCCGAAAGCGAUAGCAAGACCAUCACCGACAUUUUGCGGGAUAGAGAGUCCCUGAAUCGAGCUCUCAUUCGCUGUGACGACCGCACCAAAGAUCAAACCAAAAAGGUGAAGAGCCAUGAUGAAGAAGCCCAACAGCUAGAAAGGGAUGUGGAAGAUAUCAAGCUGGAUGUGACAGACGCCAUCAAGAAGGCCUACAAACUCGAUAAGACACGGGAGAAGUAUGGCUUGGAGUGCUCCUUAGCCAACAGCAAGUACAUGUCUGCUUUGGAGGAGCUCAAAAACCGCGAUAACAAAAUCUCUGAGCUCAAAAAGAACUUUGCAGAUGUGAAGGCAAAGUUGGCACAGCAGAAGCAGCUCUAUGAGGCUGUCCGCACCGAUAGAAACUUGUACUCCAAGAAGCUCGUGGAGUCACAGGACGAGAUUGCUGAGAUGAAGCGCAAGUUCAAGAUCAUGUCCCACCAAAUUGAGCAGUUGAAAGAGGAGAUCAAAGAGAAGGAGGAGCGUCUCAAGAGGGGGCAUCAUGCUCACAACAGAAUGCAGAAAGAGUGCGAAUUCUUUAAAGACCAGAUGGAGAGGGCAAAGCGGCGGCAGCAAAGCCUCAACAGCCACAAGGACACGCAGCAGGCCGAGAUCAAAAAGCUGGAGUCGAGGAUACUGGAGGAGGAGGAUCGACGAAAGCAACAAAAGAAGAAAUAUGAAGAAACGAUCAGUGAGAGAGAUGUGCUUGGCACCCAGCUGAUCCAUCGAAACGAUGAGCUGGCGCUUCAGUACGAGAAGAUAAAGAUCCAGCAGCGUACGCUACAGAAUGGAGAGCUUACUUACAAGCAACGCUUGGAGGCGUGGAGGGAGAAACGCAAUGAAAAAGGUUCAAGUCAUAUUCAUGCAUUUAAGGCAGGCAGGGUCUGUGAUGAAGAAUUAUUUGAUGUGAGUCAAUUCAAUCACACUCCCUGA